UCCGGCAGUCGCUGCGCGGCGAGGGUGACACACGAUGGUCACGGUCCCUGGAGACCGUCGUGUUGGCGAGCAGCACUCCCUGGCUCCCCGGCCCGCCUCAGCCUCCAGGGCAGCGCUCGGAGCGGGCUGCAGGAGCUGAGCCGCCCCGCGCCAGAGGGUCUUGGCGAAGCUCUUGGAGGCGCGCAGAGCACAGGAGGGCGGAGAAGGUGCGCGAGCGCUCGGGGGUCAGGCGGUCGGCUGGCCGGGGUCGCCGCUGGAGGGGCGUUUCCGAGGCGUGGAGGAGGAGGAGGAGAUGCUGCUCCUCUUCUCCCCCUCCCCAGGCUCCUUCUCCAGCUCCUUCGGCCCACGCCCGCAGCCGCUUGGGGGAGAAGUGGUGGCUCUCGGCGCCCGCGGCGGCUGCCGGCGGCCCGCCCCGACGCCGCGUCCCCGCAGCCCUCGCCCGGCGCUCCUGUAGCAGGACCGCGUCUUCGGACGAGCCGGUAAUAUGCACGUGUCACUAGCAGAGGCCCUGGAGGUUCGGGGUGGACCACUGCAGGAGGAAGAAAUAUGGGCUGUAUUAAAUCAAAGUGCCGAAAGUCUCCAAGAAUUAUUCAGAAAAGUAAGCAUAGCUGAUCCUGCAGCCCUUGGCUUCAUCAUUUCUCCGUGGUCUCUGCUGUUGCUGCCAUCUGGCAGUGUGUCAUUUACAGAUGAAAAUAUUUGCAAUCAGGAUCUUCGAGCAUUCACUGCACCAGAGGUUCUUCAAAAUCAAUCACUGACUUCUCUCUCAGAUGUUGAAAAGAUCCAUAUUUAUUCUCUUGGAAUGACAUUGUAUUGGGGGGCUGAUCAUGAAGUACCUCAGAGCCAACCUAUCAAGCUUGGAGAUCAUCUCAACAGCAUCCUGCUUGGAAUGUGUGAGGAUGUUAUUUACGCUCGGGUUUCUGUUCGGACUGUCCUGGAUGCUUGCAGUGCUCACAUUAGGAACAGCAAUUGUGCCCCUUCAUUUUCCUAUGUGAAACAGUUGGUAAAACUGGUUCUGGGAAAUCUGUCUGGGACGGAUCAGCUUUCCUGUAACAGCGAACAAAAGCCUGAUCGAAGCCAGGCUAUUCGAGAGCGAUUAAGAGGAAAAGGAUUACCAACAGGAAGAAGCUCUACUUCUGAUGUACUAGACAUACACAAGUCUCCAUUCUCUCAUCAGACCUUUCUUAACAAAGGGCUUAGUAAAUCAAUGGGAGUUCUGUCCAUCAGAGACACACAAGAUGAGCAAGAUUAUUUCAAGGACAUUUCAUCAGAUAAUAAUUCUGGACACAAAGAUUCUGAAAAUACCUGCUCCCCUUACCAGUUCAAAACUAGUGACGCAGAAAAAAAAGCUACCUCUGACAUUGAUGUGCUUCCCAAGAAGAAGAUUUGGGCUUCAUCCAUGGACUUGCUUUGCACAGCUGACAGAGACUUCUCUUCUGGGGAGACUGGCAGAUACGGACACUUUCUCCCUCAGGGAGUAACAGUGCGGACUUCAACUACUCCCAGAAAAAAGGAGGCAAGAUACUCAGAUGGAAGCAUAGCCUUGGAUAUAUUUGGCCCUCAGAAAAUAGAUCCAAUGUUUCACACACGAGAAUUGCCUACCUCCUCAGCAAUAUUAAGUGCUUUGGACCGAAUCCGAGAGAGACAGAAGAAACUUCAGGUUCUGAGAGAAGCCAUGAAUGUAGAAGAACCAAUUCGAAGAUACAAAACUUACCACAGUGAUAUCUUUAGUACCUCCAGUGAAAGUCCAUCUGUUAUUUCCUCUGAAUCAGAUUUCAGACAAGUGAGAAAAAGUGAAGCUUCAAAGAGAUUUGAAUCCAACAGUGGUCUUCCAGGGGUAGAUGAAACUCCAAGUCACAGCCAGUCACAGAGACCAAGUAGACAAUAUGAAACACCCCUUGAAGGCAACUUAAUUAAUCAAGAGAUCAUGCUAAAACGGCAAGAAGAAGAAAUGAUGCAGCUACAAGCCAGAAUGGCCCUUAGACAGUCUCGGUUGAGCCUGUAUCCAGGAGACACAAUCAAAGCUUCCAUGCUUGACAUCGCCAGGGAUCCCUUAAGAGAAAUGGCUCUAGAAACAGCCAUGACCCAAAGAAAACUGAGGAAUUUCUUUGGCCCUGAGUUUGUGAAAAUGACGAUUGAACCAUUUAUAUCUUUGGAUUUGCCACGGUCUAUCCUUACCAAGAAAGGGAAGAAUGAGGAUAACCGAAGAAAAGUAAACAUAAUGCUUCUGAGCGGGCAGAGACUGGAACUGACUUGUGAUACCAAAACUAUAUGUAAAGAUGUAUUUGAUAUGGUUGUGGCCCAUAUUGGCUUAGUGGAACAUCAUUUGUUUGCUUUAGCUACCCUCAAAGAUAAUGAAUAUUUCUUUGUUGAUCCUGAUUUAAAGUUAACCAAAGUGGCCCCAGAGGGAUGGAAAGAAGAACCAAAGAAAAAGAGCAAAGCCACUGUUAAUUUUACUUUGUUUUUCCGAAUUAAAUUUUUCAUGGAUGAUGUUAGUCUAAUACAACAUACUCUGACCUGUCAUCAGUAUUAUCUUCAGCUGAGAAAAGAUAUCUUAGAGGAGAGGAUGCACUGUGAUGAUGAGACUUCUUUAUUGCUGGCAUCCUUGGCUCUCCAGGCUGAGUAUGGAGAUUAUCAACCAGAGGUUCAUGGUGUGUCUUAUUUUAGACUGGAGCAUUAUUUGCCUCCCAGAGUGAUGGAGAAACUUGACUUAUCCUAUGUUAAAGAAGAGUUACCCAAAUUACAUAAUACCUAUGUGGGAGCUUCUGAAAAAGAGACAGAGUUAGAAUUUUUAAAGGUCUGCCAAAGACUGACAGAAUAUGGAGUUCAUUUCCACCGGGUGCACCCUGAGAAAAAGUCACAAACGGGAAUAUUGCUUGGAGUCUGUCCUAAAGGUGUUCUUGUGUUUGAGGUUCACAAUGGAGUUCGCACAUUGGUCCUUCGCUUUCCUUGGAGGGAAACCAAGAAGAUUUCUUUUUCCAAAAAGAAAAUCACAUUGCAAAAUACGUCAGAUGGAAUAAAACACGCCUUCCAGACAGACAACAGUAAGGUAUGCCAGUACCUGCUGCGCCUCUGCUCUUCCCAGCAUAAGUUCCAGCUGCAGAUGAGAGCAAGACAGAGCAACCAAGAUGCCCAAGAUAUUGAGAGAGCUUCGUUUAGGAGCCUGAAUCUCCAAGCAGAGUCCGUUAGAGGCUUUAAUAUGGGACGAGCAAUCAGCACUGGCAGUCUGGCCAGCAGCACCCUGAACAAACUUGCCGUUCGACCUCUGUCAGUUCAAGCUGAGAUUCUGAAGAGGCUAUCCUGCUCAGAGCUGUCGCUUUACCAGCCACUGCAAAACAGUGCAAAAGAGAAGAGUGACAAAGCUUCAUGGGAGGACAAGCCUAGAGGGAUGAGUAAAUCAUACCACGAUCUCAGUCAGGCCUCUCUCUUUCCUCAUCGGAAAAAUGUCAUUGUUAACAUGGAAUCCCCACCACAAUCCGUUGCGGAGUUGGUGGGAAAACCAGCUCACCAGAUGGCAAGAUCUGAUACAGAGUCUUUGGCAGGAUUCACAAAACUUAAUAAUUCAAAGUCUGUUGCAAGUUUAAAUAGAAGUCCUGAAAGGAGGAAACGUGAAUCGGACUCCUCAUCCUUUGAAGACCCUGGCCAAGCCUAUGUUAUAGGAAUGACUUUGCAUAGUUCUGGAAAUUCUUCAUCCCAAGUACCUUUAAAAGAAAAUGAUGUGCUACACAAAAGAUGGAGUAUAGUAUCUUCACCAGAAAGGGAGAUCACCUUGGUGAACCUGAAAAAAGAUGCAAAGUAUGGCUUAGGAUUUCAAAUUAUUGGUGGGGAGAAGAUGGGAAGACUGGAUCUAGGUGUCUUUAUUAGUUCAGUUACCCCUGGAGGACCAGCUGACUUGGAUGGAUGCGUAAAGCCAGGAGAUCGUUUGAUAUCUGUGAAUAGUGUAAGUCUGGAGGGGGUCAGCCACCAUGCUGCAAUUGAAAUUUUGCAAAAUGCACCCGAAGACGUGACACUUGUUAUCUCUCAGCCAAAAGAAAAGAUAUCCAAAGUGCCUUCUACUCCUGUGCACAUUGCCAAUGGCAUGAAAAACUAUGUGAAGAAGCCUUCUUCCCUGCAAGACGGUGCUCUCGAUUCCUCUGAGGGUCACUGCUGGCCACAUGGUACCCCAAGGCACAUCUCAGAGAGCUCUUUUGGGCUGUCUGGGGGCCUGGGAGAGGGAAGCCUGAGUUCUCAAGAUUCCAGGACUGAGAGUGCCAGCUUGUCCCAGAGCCAGGUCAACGGUUUCUUUGCUAGCCAUGUAGGUGACCGAACCUGGCAGGAAUCACAGCACGGCAGUCCCUCCCCAUCUGUGACAUCCAAAGCCACUGAGAAAAAGAGGACCUCUACUGACAGUAAUCAGAGCAAAGCUAAAAAACCAGGCAUUUCCGAUGCAACAGAUUAUUCUGACCGUGGAGAUUCAGACAUGGAUGAAGCCACUUAUUCCAGCAGUCAGGAUCAUCAAACACCAAAAAAGGAAUCUUCCUCCUCAAUGAAUACAUCCAACAAAAUGAAUUUUAAAAAUUUUCCUUCAUCACCUCCUAAACCUGGAGAUAUCUUUGAGGUUGAACUGGCUAAAAAUGAUAACAGCUUGGGGAUAAGUGUCACGGUACUGUUUGACAAGGGAGGUGUGAAUACCACUGUCAGACAUGGUGGCAUUUAUGUGAAAGCUGUUAUUCCCAAGGGAGCAGCAGAGUCAGAUGGUAGAAUUCACAAAGGUGAUCGCGUCCUAGCUGUCAACGGAGUUAGUCUGGAAGGAGCUACCCACAAGCAAGCUGUGGAGAUGCUGAGAAAUACAGGACAGGUGGUUCAUCUGUUGUUAGAAAAGGGACAGUCUCCAGCAUCCAAAGAGCAUGUCCCCAUAACCCCACAGUGCACCCUUCUCGAUCCAGAUGCCCAAGGUCAAGCUCCAGAAAAAAUGAUGAAGAAAAUGGCUCAUGUCAAAGACUACAGCUUUGUCACUGAAGAGAAUACAUUUGAGGUAAAGUUGUUUAAAAAUAGCUCAGGCCUAGGAUUCAGUUUUUCUCGAGAAGAUAAUCUUAUACCCGAGCAAAUGAAUACCAGCAUAGUAAGGGUUAAAAAGCUCUUUCCUGGACAGCCAGCAGCAGAAAGUGGGAAAAUUGAUGUGGGAGAUGUUAUCUUGAAAGUGAAUGGAGCCUCUUUGAAAGGACUGUCUCAGCAGGAAGUUAUAUCUGUUCUCAGGGGAACAUCUCCAGAAGUAUCCUUGCUUCUCUGUAGACCUCCACCUGGUGUGCUACCGGAAAUCGACCCUGCUCUUUUGACCCCACUGCACUCUCCAGCACAAGUACUUCCCAACAACAGUAAAGACCCUUCUCAACCAGCAAGUGUGGAGCAAGGCACCAGCUCAGAUGAAAAUGAAAUGGCUGAUAAAAGCAAGAAACAACGCAUGUCCCCAUCCAGGAGAGACAGUUAUAGUGACAGCAGUGAGAGUGGUGAAGAAGACUUAGAGAAAGCUCCAGCAAAGAUACCAAAUAUGAGUUGGAGUUCAGCUUUGCAUCAGACACUAAACAACUUGGUGUCACAGGCACAAAGUCCACACGAAGCACCAAAGAGUCAGGAAGAUACCAUUUGUACCAUGUUUUACUAUCCUCAGAAAAUACCCAAUAAACCAGAACUGGAGGACAGUAAUCCUCCUUCCCCGUUACCACUGGAUGUGACCCCUGGACAGAGUUGUCAACACCAAUCAGAAUCUGCUUCCACUAAUUCAGUGGAUAAAUAUCAUAUAAAUCACAUUUCUGAGCCAGCUAGACAAGAAAGCUUGACAUCUUUGAAAAAUGACUUGGAAAACCACCUUGAAGACUUCGAGCUGGAGGUAGAACUCCUCAUUACCCUAAUUAAAUCAGAAAAAGGAAGCCUGGGUUUUACAGUAACCAAAGGCAAUCAGAGUAUUGGUUGUUAUGUUCACGAUGUCAUUCAGGAUCCAGCCAAAAGUGAUGGAAGGCUAAAACCUGGGGACCGGCUCAUAAAGGUUAAUGAUACAGAUGUUACAAACAUGACUCACACAGAUGCAGUGAAUCUGCUUCGAGCUGCACCUAAGACAGUCAGAUUAGUUCUUGGACGAGUUCUAGAAUUACCCCGAAUGCCAGUGCUGCCUCAUUUGCUACCUGACAUUACAUUAAUGUGCAACAAAGAGGAGUUGGGUUUUUCCUUAUCUGGAGGUCACGACAGCCUUCAUCAGGUGGUAUAUAUUAGCGAUAUCAAUCCUCGGUCAGUGGCAGCCGUGGAGGGUAAUCUCCAGCUGUUAGACAUCAUCCACUAUGUGAAUGGAGUCAGCACACAAGGAUUGACCUUGGAAGAAGCUAAGAGAACAUUAGACAUGUCACUUCCUUCAGUGGUGCUGAAAGCAACAAGAGAUGGUCAUCCAGUGUUCCCUAGUUCCAAGAGGUCUGCUGUUUCAACUCCAAAGUCAACCAAAGCCAAUGCUCGUCAUGCUGUGGAGCCUUGUUUCCAGCCUGCCCUCACUCCUAAUAAUUCGUUCUCCAAGGCUAAUGGGGAAGAAAUAAUUGAAGUCUUGUACCAUGAAGGAAAAUGCUCUACUUAUCAGAUGAAGGGAUCAGCAAAUUUGAUUCUGUCCAAAGAUAGUUUUCCAAAUCAGUCAUCCAGUUACUCUAAAUGCCCUGAUAAUUCAGAAGCUGAUGUACAAGAAGGUGAUAUUUAUGAUGAUCCUCAGGAAGCUGAAGUUAUCCAGUCUCUGUUGGAUGUUGUGGAUGAGGAAGCCCAGAAUCUUUUAAACCAAAAUAAUGCAGCGGGAGAUGCCUGUGUUCGAGGUGCACUGAAAGCCAAUGGGAAGUUCUCUGAAGAGAGAGCAGAAGAUACAGAUUGUGAUGGUUCACCUUUACCUGAAGAUUUUACGGAGUCUACCAAAAUGAAUGGCUGUGAAGAAUAUAGUGAAGAAAAAGUAAAAACUGAAAGCUUAAUUCAAAAGUCACAAGAAAAGAAGACUGAUGAUGAAAUAACAUGGGGAAGUGACGAAUUGCCAAUAGAAACAACAAACCAUGAAGAUUCCGAGAAAGAUCAUCCCUUUCUCACCAAUGAGGGGCUCGCUGCACUCCCCAUCGUCAGAGUGCUUCCCUCUGGGAGAUACACUGGCACCAAGUUGAAGUCAGUCAUUCGAAUGUUGCGGGGUUUACUAGAUCAAGGAAUCCCUUCUAAGGAGCUGGAGAAUCUUCAAGAGUUAAAACCUUUGGAUCAGUGUUUAAUUGGGCAAACUAAGGAAAACAGAAGGAAGAACCGAUAUAAAAAUAUACUUCCUUAUGAUGCUACAAGAGUGCCUCUUGGAGAUGAAGGAGGAUAUAUCAAUGCGAGCUUCAUUAAGAUAUCAGUGGGGAAAGAAGAGUUCGUUUACAUUGCCUGCCAAGGACCUCUCCCUACAACUGUUGGAGAUUUCUGGCAGAUGAUUUGGGAACAAAAAUCCACAGUGAUCGCCAUGAUGACCCAAGAAGUAGAAGGGGAAAAAAUCAAGUGCCAGCGCUAUUGGCCUAACAUCGUAGGCAAAACUACAAUGGUCAAUGACAGGCUUCGGCUGGCUCUUGUGAGAAUGCAGCAGCUGAAGGGCUUUGUAGUAAGGGUGAUGGCCCUAGAAGACAUUCAGACAGCAGAAUUGCGACAUGUUUCUCAUCUGAAUUUCACCGCCUGGCCCGACCACGAUACACCUUCUCGGCCAGACGACUUGCUCACUUUUAUCUCUUACAUGAGACACAUUCAUAGAUCGGGCCCCAUCAUCACACACUGCAGCGCUGGCAUUGGACGUUCGGGGACCCUGAUAUGCAUAGAUGUGGUUCUAGGAUUAAUCAGUCAAGAUCUUGAAUUUGACAUCUCUGAUUUAGUGCGCUGCAUGCGACUACAAAGGCAUGGAAUGGUUCAGACGGAGGAUCAAUAUAUUUUCUGCUAUCAAGUCAUCCUUUAUGUCCUGACACGUCUGCAAGCUGAAGAAGAGCAAAGAGAACAGCCCCAGCCUCUGAAGUGACACGAAACAACAGCCUUCUGGAUGCCCUUCCGCCUCUCUCCUAACCUCCAACAGAGGCUCCUGCUCUCUAUUUAAAAUAAAGGUCAUAGGGCUGCAAGUCCAUGCAAUAAAUAUCAUUCUGUGUAUUCCCUCUACCUUAGAGGGGCAUUCUUCAUAACAAUAAAUCAUGUUGAAAUGCUGUAUUUUUACAGCUACUGUAACCUGUGAUAAUUAUUAAAAAAUUUUUAACACUAACUGAAUAAUGCAGAUCUUAGGGAUGAUUAAGCAACAUUUGAUUAUAGUUGACAUUGUUAUAAAGACACACCGAGUCUAUUUUUAAUGCACCAAUCUUGUUUAUAGCAAAAUUCUUUUCCAGUAUUUUAAUAGAGUUAUUUUAUAGGGGAUACUUGAAACCAGUAUUUAAGCUUUAAAUGACAGUGAUAUUGGCAUAGAAAAAAGUAGUAAAUGUUUACUGUAUCGAUUUCUAAUUUUUACUAUAUAGAAUUUUCUGUAAUGUAUUUAUAUACUUUUUCAUGAAAAUGGAGUUAUCAGAUGUUUGUAACUGCAUCAUCUGUUUGUUAUGCAUCAUCUCACUUUGUAAAUAAAAAUACACCUUAACACAUGAACACGCCAAAGUGUGUGCAA